UGCACACAUUGAACUACACGAUAUUAAGUAUUUUAAAAUAAGCUUAAGAUGGAUAAUUUCAGUUUUGGAGGAGUAGAUUUAACAAAGGGACAGAUUUUACAAGUGUUAUUACGUAUAUCUGUUGCUUCAAUGGUUACAUAUUAUUCUGUUAAAUGGAUGAUGAGCCAAUUGGACCCUACCAGCAAAAACAAGAAAAAAGCCAAAGGCCUCGCAGAAGAACAAUUGAAAAGGUUGAGUGAAAAUGAUGGAUUAAAAAUCAAUUCCCACGACUUUAAUGACUACGAAUUGAUGAUUGCGUCACACCUUGUUGUUCCAGCUGACAUUACAGUCAAAUGGAGCGAUAUUGCAGGAUUGAAUUUGAUUGUUCAAGAGCUUCGUGAAUCUGUGGUUUUACCAGUUCAACAUAAAGAUUUAUUCAAAAACUCCAAACUGUGGCAGGCCCCAAAAGGUAUUCUUCUCCAUGGACCGCCUGGUUGCGGAAAAACGUUAAUUGCGAAAGCUACGGCAAAAGAGGCUGGUAUGCGAUUUAUCAAUCUGGAUGUUGCCAUUUUAACUGAUAAAUGGUACGGGGAAUCGCAAAAACUUACAUCGGCAGUUUUUUCACUGGCAGCAAAAAUCGANCGGGCGCGUAAUUCAAAUGACCACGAGGCCACCGCAAUGAUGAAAACUCAGUUUAUGAUGUUAUGGGAUGGCCUAAGCACAAAUUCCAAUUCGACCGUGAUUGUAAUGGGCGCAACAAACAGGCCACAGGAUUUAGACAAGGCAAUUGUUCGCCGAAUGCCAGCACAAUUUCACAUUGGUCUUCCAUCUGAAAUCCAGAGAAUAGAAAUACUAAAAUUGAUAUUAGAGUCUGAGGACUUAAGUCGGGAUGUUGACCUAAAUCGUUUGUCAAAGCUUACAAAUGGGUUCUCCGGAUCAGACCUUCGAGAAAUGUGCCGGAACGCAUCAGUUUUAAGAAUGAGACAACUAAUUGGGGAUAAAACUACAUCAAGCGCUGGUAUAUCAGCUAUAGACAAGACAAAGUUACAUAUUACAAUGGAUGAUUUACUGAGCUCACAUUUAAAAAUUAAAGAGUCUAAAAUGCACACCGGUAGUAUGUUUUUAGAAAAUAGAAUAGAGCUAGAUUAAAUUAAGCACCACAUUUACAUACAUGGUAAAUAAAUGAAUAACUUAAACCAUA